CGGGCAGGCGGCGCUAGGCGCUGUCCUGGGUGUUGAAGCCUGCGAGGGCUUUGGCGGUGCUGCAGGAGCGCUGGGCGAGAGGGAGGGAGGCCGGCCCGCGGAGCGGCCGCUGCUGCCGCCGCUGCCUCUGCGCCCCUUCCCGCCCCGGCCCAGCCCUCCCGCUCCCCUCCCUCCCGCACCCGCUCCUGCAGCGUUCCUCCUCCCCCUGCACGCGUCGGUCCAUCCCUCCCUUCUUCCCUCAGUCCGUCGGCGGGUCACCCAGCCCUCACCAUUCCCUUCAGCCUCCCUCGGUGCCAGCAGCGGACAUGGAGUGAGCUCCCCGGGCCGGAGCGACGGAGCGAGAGAGCGAGCGAGGCGCAGCGAAGAGCCGGGCGCAGCGGGCAGUCUGCGAUGGGCCGGGCGUGAUGGGGUCCCCGCCGCGCUCCGUGGCCCCGGGGCCGCCGCCGCCGCCGCUGCUGCUGCUGCUGCUGUCAGCCUUCCCCGCCGCCGCCGCCGCCGCCGCCGCUGCCUCCGCCCGCGGCCGCCCGCUCCCGGGGAGGUUCGGCUGUUUGUUUGAGGACGACCUUUGCAGACCAUUUGAAAUCUGUGUAAAUGAUGGAGUGUUUGGAAGAUGCCAGCAGGGGCCUGUGAUAGACACAUACCGAUAUGAAAUUUCACCCCCAGUUCUUGAACAUCUAAGGACCAUCUUGCAGAAGCUCUCCCACAGAGGUUUCACUUGGCAAGAUGAUUAUACCCAGGGCACAGUAGAGCAGGAGCUUGAAAAUAUCCCCAAAAUCUACCAGUGGCAUCCUGAUUCUUUAGCAAGUGAUGGAAUCAACUCAAUCAGGACUUUGAAGCCAAAGAUUGAUAAUAAAAGACCAUCUUCCCUCGAAAAGGAUAUCAACUUGGCCAAGAGUCUUCAGCAGUAUCUCACUUACCUGAAAAUUCUUACCCGUGCCUCGACUCCCGAUGUAUAUGCCCGGAUUAAGAGUGACAAAGCUGCUCUUCAGAACAAUGUCUUUCCUGAAUAUCUACUAAACUACAUAGUCCAGAAGGCCAGAGGAAGUAGCCCCGAGCUGACCUAUGUUCCCAUAUCUCAUCCAAAUUAUCCUGAUAAUCCCUCCUUGAGGACCUUCAGUCAAAUCCAGCCGGACACAUUCUCCUACAACUCGGACCCAGAUCUCGACAAGCAGAAUCUGAUGGCUGCUCUCAAGGUCUACAUGGCCCAGAAGGAGAACCCUGACAAAGGCUCCAGUGGCAGGACUAGAGACGGCCCUCAUUUUGGUGAUCGAUUUCUCUCGCCAUACAAUGAAGCCUUCUCCAAAGAGGAAGAGAUGGAUGUGAAGGCAAAGCCACUUUUCCUUCUGCAAACGGGCUUGAGAGAGCUAAGACCUGGUUCUGGAUUGUCAGUUCAAAAAUUAGUGUCUGUUCCUGGGGAUACUAAGGACUCUCAGAACACACUGGAAGAAACCUUAAUUCAGAAUGUUCUGAAGGACUUCAGGAAGCAACAGGGGAGUGUGGAUAAUCUGAGUCCUUUGGAGCUGGCAAAGGUGGCUGAUAUGAUUGCAGAGACCAUGCAAAGUUCAAAUACAGAAGAGGUGCCAGGAAUUGUGGGAGUUGAAGCUGAAGGAGAACAAAGGGAACAAGAAAUGAAAGGGAUUAACAGUCCAGAAUCAAAAGACUACCAGGAUGGUUUGAUGGUUGAAGAUAAUUUACAAGGUAGCAGAUUGCAGGAAAGUGAUGAUAGAGUUGAUGAGAAGGUAAAAGCUUUGGAUACCCAUUUGGGGAGCCUGGAGAAUGAGCAGGAGACUCAAUAUCUGCCUGAAGGACUCCCUUCUGAAAAGCCCUUUAAAAUAGAGACCAAAAAAUCAGAAGAUACAGAAUCUUCCUUUUCCUCUGAAGAGGAAAAUGCUGGGAUUGAAAAUGUGAAAAGUAAGACCUAUUCCCAAGAACUGACAGCAGAGAAGAAACCAAAUGCUGACCCUGAGGCCAAUGAAUUCCUUCAGUUUCAAGACUGGAUGCAGGGUACUCUGAAACAAGAUGAAAGGCUUGCCGAAGAACCUCCAAAAAUUCCUGAGGAAGGUUUACAAUUAGAAGUGAAGUCUUCUGAUGAGGAAGAAUAUGGUUACAUUAUGACAGAAAAAGACCCUCUGAGUGUGGAGAAGGGGAAGAAGUUGAUCAAGGCUCUGGAAUAUCUAUUGAAGUUGCCCCCUGCCACCAUUGUGGAUGUCAGUGUGCUGGGACCAGCAGUGACCUUCAAAGUGAGCUCCAGUUUCCAAAACAUGACAACGGCAGAUGUUGCAAAGGCAGCAGCUGACAACAAAGACGAGCUUGAAAAAGCCUCAGGACUGAAAAUUCUUCGAACAGGAAUUGGAUCGAAAAGCAAAGUAAAGCUUUUGCCUCAUGGAGUAGAGCAAGAAGACUCUACUAAAUUCAUCAUUCUCACCCUGAUCUCUAUUGCUUGCAUCAUUGGGGUCCUCCUAGCUUCAGGGGUCCUCUAUUGCCUCCGCCAUAGUUCUCAUCACAAGCUGAAGGAGAAGCUUUCAGCACUAGGAACUGAUUCAGGCUCUGAUGCCACUGCUGCUUACCAGGAGCUAUGCCGUCAGCGCAUGGCUGUCAAGACAUCUGAUCGCCCAGAGCCACUGCACACUUCGCGUAUCAAUAGUGUUUCAUCACAGUUCAGUGAUGGACCCAUUCCUAGUCCCUCUGCUCGGAGCAGUACUUCUUCCUGGUCUGAAGAACCAGUGCAGUCCAACAUGGACAUCUCUACUGGCCACAUGAUCUUGUCCUACAUGGAAGAUCAUUUGAAGAAUAAGAAUCGACUGGAGAAAGAGUGGGAAGCACUCUGUGCUUACCAAGCUGAGCCAAACACAUCUCUGGUAGCCCAGAAGAAAGAGAAUGUGCAGAAGAAUCGUUCUCCUACUGUGUUGACAUAUGAUCAUUCCAGGGUACUUUUGAAAUCUGAAAAUAGCCACGACAAUUCUGACUACAUCAAUGCAAGUCCCAUUAUGGAUCAUGACCCUAGAAAUCCUGCAUAUAUUGCUACCCAAGGACCACUUCCAGCUACAGUGGCUGACUUUUGGCAGAUGGUCUGGGAGAACGGCUGUGUAGUUAUUGUCAUGCUGACACCCCUCACGGAAAAUGGAGUCAAGCAGUGCUACCACUAUUGGCCAGAUGAAGGGUCCAACCUUUACCACAUCUAUGAGGUAAAUCUGGUGUCUGAACAUAUCUGGUGUGAGGAUUUCCUUGUGAGAAGCUUUUAUUUGAAAAAUCUUCAAACCAAUGAAACCCGGACCGUAACCCAGUUCCAUUUCCUUAGUUGGUAUGACCAAGGAGUUCCUUCUUCUACAAGAUCACUUCUGGAUUUCCGCAGAAAAGUUAACAAGUGCUACAGGGGCCGUUCUUGUCCAAUUAUUGUUCAUUGCAGUGAUGGCGCUGGAAGGAGCGGCACCUACGUGCUGAUUGACAUGGUUCUCAAUAAGAUGGCCAAAGGUGCUAAAGAGAUUGAUAUUGCUGCUACCCUGGAGCACUUGAGGGACCAGAGGCCAGGCAUGGUCCAGACAAAGGAGCAGUUUGAGUUUGCCUUGACAGCAGUGGCUGAAGAAGUAAACGCAAUACUAAAGGCACUCCCCCAGUGAGUGAAGCUUUCUGAAGACUCAGAUCUCAUCUCAUCCUCCAUCCCUGUAAAUGUCGUUGGAAACUAUGACUUGACCUUAACUGUGUCUUCUAUUGUAAUCACAUAGUCAUAAGGUCUUCAAAAUGCCUAUAGUUAGUACAGUUUAGCAGUUCAGAUGUGUAUUUUUGUUUAAAUUUAAAAAAAAAAUAGAGAGAGAAAGAAACAUCCAGUGUUGGGAAAGGGGAGAAUAAUUCAUCUAUUCAUUUUUAUUUUUUUUAAAUAAUUUUUCACUUCCUGAAAGCACACAUUUCAUAUACAUUUCUUUUCAAAUAAUAUAAUAUUAGUAGUUCACUAAUUAGGAUAUUCUUAUGCUCUCAGAAAAGAAUGCUUAGUUUUCAUCUAUAACUUUCCAAAGGAAGACUGAUAGGGUCUUAAAUUAAAAACUCACAGAUAAAAUAUUGCAGUUAUAUGUAUACACACACACAAUACACAUACACACACACAAUACACAUAUAU